UAGGUAAGCUAGGCUGGCUAGCUUUCUGCGAAUCGAUUAAAAUUUUGAACAAAGCCCAGAGAAGCGAGGCGUCCUUCAGAACGUGAAGAAGGUGGAGGACAAAUGCUUUGCUUUCAAUGGUGCUGGCAAUUGUGUUUGAAACCUUAUCAGAAGUUUUUGUAUAGGCACGCGGUUGUGUUUCAGGGAGUAGCUUUUGUUUAAAGAGAGGCUCGAGCAUCUUGUUCAGAGACAUCGCACUUGACAAUGGUCUGGUCAGGAGGCCGGUUUGGUCUAGCGAAUACGGGGCCAGAGAAUGUAUCAAGGGAUAUCAGAGCAGACUGCACGCGUGUCAGUAGCUCAUAAGAGAGACAAGGUCCAUUCGGGAGGGUCAGACAACAGGCGGAGUCCCGAAGGCAGCACAGCAAGGGAGACUCCAUUCUUGUUGGACCGCUCGACUUCUGGCUUGCCAAAAACGGCUGACCAACGCAUCAGCACUUCUCUCCCGGGAGAGUCGUCCCUCCUUCCCAGCCGUGACUUCUUCUUCGGGCCCUCGCGGCGCCCACCCAAGCGGGGCCCAAAUCGCGCCUAUUACAAUCCCAUCCUCCCCCCCGACGAGCUGGUAGACCCCCCCUUUGCAUUCAAGCCCCACACCGCCCCCAUCGAGAGGACUACUUCCUCCCUCCCCCUUCCAAACCUUUCUCGCUCUAGUUCCUGGUCUCCGCCCCCUGACAGGCGGACCCGCUCAGGGGGUGCGCCUGACCCAGUUACUAAGUGGCGGGAAGCUUUUGCACGCGGACAAUUCUCCUACCGCCCUUGCUCCACCCCGGAAAGGCAGGCGACCGGUGUCUCCUCCGCUUGGAGCGCGGUUAGGACAGUUUCGGGGGGUUCAGUUGCGAGCAACGACAGCGUGAACGGUCCAGCGACUUUCUUAGUGGACAGGGGGGUGCAGGCGGGCUUGCCGGCUGUGGUACCAUCAUCCCCCCAAAGCGAGAGCGCUCGUUCGAUGCAAACCUCCGCGGCGCAGCACAUGCGGGGGACUGUUCCGGAGGCCGUUGUAUUGCGGGAGUUUGACACUGGUGGAGAGGCGGCCAGUCCGAGCAAUCAGUUCCGGCGCAAGAUGGUGUCAGACGGGGAUGGCCCGUCGCGGGCGGGGGACCAGACGGAGGACUUCCAUGACACGCACCCAGAGCUUGAGGCAAGCACUUCGGAUGUCGAUGUUUCAGGGGGACCAAAGGGCAGGCUCCCGUGGGGGCCGCAGUCCCCCCAAGCGCAAAUCCUCAGCUCGUUUGGGGUGCAGAUCCGGGAUAUCAUAGAGCUGGCGGAGCGGACCGACCUGGUGCGGAAACAUCUGGGGGGGUCCGAGAUCGCUCCCCAGGCUGACAACGAACAGAGCUUGACGGAAGGGGGAUCCCCCCAUGUUGGAAACCCUGACAAAGCUUUGGACUUUGCGCUCCUGCGGGCAGAGCACAAGCGCCUGGCAUCGUUGCCGACCACCCCCACUGGGGGGGGCGAUUUGCCUGCCGUGCGGACCCCCGCUUCAGAGCCUGCGACCCCCUCUGUUAGAAACGACUCUCAGGGAGGGGGGCAGGGGGAGGAUGGGAAGAAGCAUUUGGAGGAAGCGAGGGGGGUGGAAGGCCUUGAGAGCAGGGGGGGGGAGGGACAGGCGGAAAGUGCGGCUAUGGCGGGAAGUGUUUCUGAGUCAGAUGUGAGAUUACCAGGGGCAGGGGCAGCGGAGGCUCCGGUGGACCAUGAAAGGCAAAGGGAGGGCCCCGUGGAUCCAGAGCCGGCCAACCUGCUGGAAGACGAAUCCAACGGCGACUCCUCCAGUCGUUACUUUGUCAACAGCCCGCAGCACGACGACGAGGAGGGGACUGAGGCCACCAGCGAUCGCCAGCUGGCGUCUUUGGAGAACCAUCUGGUGUAUGACUUUGCGUAUGAGGCACGCCAGAGGCAAAUGGAGGCAGAGAUCUCAGAUCUAGACCAAAUGAAGGAGCGCUUCUCGAAGCUCCUCCUAGGCGAAGACAUGUCGGGGGGGGGCAAGGGCGUCUCUACGGCGCUCGCCAUCUCCAACGCACUCACGAACCUGUCAGCGGCGGUGUUCGGCGAGCUGCAUAAACUGGAGCCGCUCGCCCCCGAGCGCAAGCGCAAGUGGAAGCGGGAACUAGAGUGGCUGCUUUGCCCGGCGGACCACAUUGUAGAGAUGGUGCCGUCGAUGAAUAAGAACGCGAAAGGGCCCAGCCACGAGGUGAUGGUCCUCCGGCAACGCGCCGACCUGCACGCGUCGCUUCCCGCGCUCCGUAAGCUGGACACCAUGCUCACCGAGUGCCUCGACAGCUUCGCCGAGAAGGGCUUCUGGUAUGUCGACCCAGGGCACUCAUCCGGGGAGUUUCAGGGGGGCAUGACGCCCCACCAAAGCGACCGGUGGUGGCUCCCCGAGGCUAUGGUUCCCGCUCAGGGCUUGGACGAACGGUCGAUGCGCAAGCUGGGGAAUCAGAAGGGCGUCGCAAAACAGAUUCUGAAGGCGGCAAUGGCGAUCAACGCGCAGGUGCUCUCGGAGAUGGCGGUGCCGGACGCAUACUGGGAAACGUUGCCCAAGAGUAGCCGCGCGGCGCUCGGCGACGGUCGGUACCGGCUGCUGACGGGCGACUCGUUCAGCCCGGACAUGCUACUGUCGACGGUGAAGCUGUCGGACGAGCACUCGGCGCUCAAGUGCGCCAACGACCUGGAGGCGGCCAUUCACAUCUGGAGGAGGAAGACGGGCAAGAAGGCCGGGGACCAGGACCGCGACAAGUUCGGGAACGGCUACUCCCCGGGCCACGAGGGCACCACCCGGUUCAAGAACGCGCUGAGCAACGUGAUGGGGCCCAUGCUGGAGAAGCGCGAGAAGCACGCGAGCCGCGCCAUGGACGCGCUCUGGAACCUGCGCCUGCGCUGCCCGGGCCUCUCGCAGACCACGCUGCACGUGUACAAGAUCCAGUACAACAAGGACGUGGGUCAGGCGAUCCUGGAGAGCUACUCGCGCGUGCUCGAGAGCCUGGCGUCCAACAUCCUGAACCGGAUAGAGCACGUCCUGGCCGUAAACGCUGCCGCGCGGGAGCACCUCUCCUUCGCCCGGGGCCCUGUCUCCGACUCCACGCCCGCAACUCCGUCCUCCAUACACAGCAGCAUCGACGGUUCUUUCACCCCCACGGGGGACGCCCUUUUCUCGGGGUCGCAAACGCCGACGAGCCCCCUAAAAGAGGAGCCCCCGAUGUACACGGGAAAGACGGUCCCCGUGCUCUCGUCGGUUAAGAGGCCCGCGAGCCAAGGGUCGAUGCGAGCAAAGGCGUAGGUGAUGUGGGCGGAAGUGAGCUCGUGAUGGAUCGCUAUAGGUAGCGCUCUAGGCGCGUUGGAUUGUCUCGCAAUCGGAGGUCAUGCGAAGGUUGGCGUGGUCCCAGGGGCUGCAGUAGCUCCUCAACGAGCGUCAUUGCUUGAGCUGAGUAAGUUUUUGGGCGUUAUGACGCUUGCAGGCUAGGGUCAAAGGUCGAUAUAUGUUAUAAACGUGGUAUGAAUUGCAGAACGAUGCAGCGUAAGCUGUCUACUAAUAGCUGGGCAGAGAUGGACUAGAAUAACUCAAGAGUACUCAUUAUCAAUAAUCUAGGGAGGAUUCGAUUGUGGUGCCAAGUCCUAUGUUUUAAAUGUAAGUAAAAAACUUUGUUACACUCGACUGGUCUGCCUUGAUUCGACGG